AUGUCUUCUGUUCGUACCGGGUUGGUUAUCUCCAGCCUAGCAUGGCUAGCCAAGGCCAACACGCCUGUUGUCCACACUGAGGUUUCCUGUACUACUCAGGUCACAACCUCUUACCUGCCGGGCCCCAGCUUCGUGCCAGCCAACCCCCCAGUUCCUGGGUCUGGUGGCCAGUAUUGGUGUCCUGCCUUCGCUGGAGAUGACCUAGCGGGGGGCGGUGACAGCACCAAAACUCCAUGCACAGAGGAGCUGCAGAGUCCAGUUGAUUUCACUCUGUAUUGGAAUGACCUCAUGAACCCGAAGAGCGGUGCUGAUGGCAAAGCUAAACCACCACAGCCCGUUGAUCUUCUAACGGACUAUGAGUUUGAGACUUUCCUCAUCCUCCACGAUGAACACGACGUUGGCAUCUCGGUUACUUUCUUGGAUGAUAAGCCAGAUAAUGGCGUCCCUGGUGUUCUAACCACCACUGACCCUAAGGGCUACCGAGUCCCUGCUGGCGAGCACACCAUCCGACUUGAAUGGAAGAAUCCUAGCGAGAAACAGGCUCUGGCUGAAAGCCUGGAGAGUGUCCAAGGCCAAUUCCAAUUUGACAAGGUCGUCGCCUGUAGCUCAGGUGGUAGCAAUGGAAAGAAACCCGACGACAACGGUCAGAACGGCGGUAGCAAACCCGAGCCCAAGGACCCUAACUCUGUGAACAAGGGUCUUCUUGGCAAGCCCAUCUUGAGGGGCAAGAAGUUCAACGAUCCCGCUGAGUGUGCAGAGGCUUGUGCGCAGUCCAAGGACCAAGGAUGCAAGUGGGCAUCUUGGAUUCGUGCUGACCAAACUUGCUGGACCUACAAAUCCGAUGUGAGGGGCCCACCAUUCACCGAACUAAAGGGCAAUGAUCUUAUUAUCUUGUCCUAA